AUGUCUGAUAGUGAAAUUAUUUCUGCUAAACGUAAGGGUAAAGCUAAAGAAACAAUAUCAAAAAAAACCUCGAAAAAUAUUAAGUGCAAGCAAAAAAAAAAAUUAUGCCAAUUAGCACAAAAUAAUCCAAAUUUUACACAGCAAGAAUUAGCAGGUAAAUUUGAAAUUAGCCAGUUAAUAGUAGCUGAUAUUCUUGCAAAGUCAACUUAUUGGCUUAGUUUAGAUGACGAAAAUACUGCUGCACAACAAAAACGAAACAGAUUACCCGAUCAUCCACAAUUAGAAGAAAUUCUUGCACGUUGGUUCGAUCUUGCAUUAGAAAAUCAUAUUACAAUUACAGGUUUAAUCUUGCAAGAAAAAGCAAAACAAAUUGCAAAUACUUUAGAUAUUCAAAAUUUUGCUGUUUUUGAUGGUUGGUUGCAAGGCUUUAAAAAACGAUACCAUAUUGUUUGUACUACACAAGGUAGUGAGGCUGCUAGUGCCCUAGUUGAAAAAUUGCCAAAGUUUCGUUUAUCUUUACAAAAUAAUAUAGCAAAUUAUGAUCUUUUUAUCGAAAUUGAUAAUAAAUAUGCAACAGGUGAAAUGCCUACAAUUAACGAGCUUAUAAAAGAAAUACAAGAAAGUGAAACCGAAGAAGAAGAACUAGAGAAGCAAAAACCUGUUACGCCAACUCAAGCUGUUUCUGGAAUAGAUUCAGUAUUGGGUUAUAUUAAACAGCUUGAAUCAAAUUUUCAAAUUGAUAUUAAAGUUUUUGCUGAACUUAAACGGAUGCAAAAAGAGCUUGCUUAUUUAACAAAAAAAAAUUCAAAGCAAACAAAAUUAGAUUC